AUGGACACCUCACGAGACUCCUCAAAUCUCCUCGACACCCACAACCGCCUCAUCGCAGACGUCCUGUCGCGAUUCCGCAUGCUGACGAUGCUCGCGACCAUCCAAGCCGAAGGCGAGCGCAAGAACGCCGAGCCGCAGACCGUCGCGGUAACGGGCAUGUCGAUGCAGAUGGAAUUCGAGGGACUGCACACCUCAAUCAAGGACCUCCUAGCCCUCAGCCGUCGCCUCAAGGAGCUCUGGCUCUUCGGCAAGCUGGGCCAAGGCGAGGGCGACGCGCGCAUCCAGGCGGACAAGCUCCAGGCCGACGUCGUGCGAUGCGCCGAGCUCCUCAAUGCCAUCCAGGAGAAGCGGUACAGCGGGCUGGCGACCGCGGCCGGGGGGCAGUGGGCGCUGAUCGGGAGGCAAGACGCUGCUGCCGCGGGGGCUGGGGAGGGAGGAGCGCAGGCUGCCAAUGGCGCUGGAGCGCAAUGA